CUUAGAUUCUCACCCGAAAGUGCAUAUAUAUUUCAUACCUUUCUUUAAAAAUGGCCAGGCUCGCAACUCUAGCAGCUCUCCUUGUAGCCCUUUUGUUCGUAGCCAACGCCGCUGCCUUCCGCACCACCAUAACAACCAUGGAGAUCGACGAGGACAUUGACAACCCGAGAAGGCGAGGCGAGAGCUGCCGGGAACAGAUUCAACGCCAGCAAUACCUCAAUCGCUGCCAGGACUACCUGAGGCAGCAAUGCCGGUCAGGGGGUUAUGAUGAAGACAACCAGCGGCAGCAUUUCAGGCAGUGCUGCCAGCAGCUGAGUCAGAUGGAGGAGCAGUGCCAGUGUGAGGGGUUGAGGCAGGCGGUGAGGCAGCAGCAGCAGGAGGAGGGUAUCCGGGGUGAGGAAAUGGAGGAGAUGGUGCAGUGUGCUAGUGACUUGCCAAAAGAAUGCGGCAUCAGCAGCCGGAGCUGUGAAAUUCGCAGAGGCAGGUUCUAGAUCAGGACAUCAUGCACGAUAAUAAGGGUCCCGUUAGCUCUAGCAUUUGUCGCUGGAAGAUAACUGGUGACUAGCCUUAGCAACUAGCAAUCACAUCAUCGUGUGUAAUACAGUAUGUAUCCUGGCCUUUUAGGCAGCCGGGCCUUUGUAUGUAGGCUUUCUUAAGUAAUAAAAUAAAAUGCCCCGUCUUGCUAAUUAA